AUGUUUGGAUUAUUUGGAAAAAUUGUUUUCGAAGUGAAUAUAUACAACCGUUUGUACGAAGAGUUGUAUCGAUUAGGUUCGGGAGGUUUUGGGGAAGUGCUGACCAAUUACGGGAAUAAUAUUGUGUCCAAUAUAUCCGUCAAUGGCAUGAAACCAAUGUGUAUUACAUUGAAAUGGAGUUGUGUUCCCAUAGUCUGCAGAAUAUUCUUCAAAACAAUCCACAAGUAUUUGGUCGACAACCGAAAGAACCAAUGA